AGGUGUUUUAUAAUAUCAUUUUUUAUGAAUCAAAAGAAGAGCAACCCUGAAUUUUUGACCUGUUGAGGGAAUAACCAAUUUCAAUGACUCGGAGUUUUUGGCAUAGUUCGAAUUACUUGGAAUGGUUACUCGAUCGUCAAGAUGUAAUGAUACACAGGGCAAGUGAUCUAAAGAUUCUUGGAAGUGAAGAAGAAUAUCAAAAAGUGAUGCUUUUCUUCACUGAUGUUAUUCAAGCGUUUGGUAAGAGCGUAGAAGUUCGUCAACAAGUGAUUGCAACUGCGCUAGUGUACUUCAAGCGAUUCUAUAGUCGGAAUUCAUUUAAAACCAUUGAUCCGUGGUUAAUGGCUCCAUCGUGUCUAUUUUUAGCCUCUAAGGUUGAAGAAUUUGGUGUAGUGUCGCAAAAAAAUUUAAUUGCAUCAUGCCGUAAUGUUGUACAUAGUCAUUAUUUAGUAUACUUUCCUGAUGGUUAUGGGUAUCCAUACCGCGCUCAAGAUGUUUUAGAGUGUGAAUUUAUUUUACUUGAAGCAAUGGAUUGUUCAUUAAUUGUCUUUCAUCCUUAUCGUCCAUUGGUACAAUUCUGUGAUGAACUUCGUCCGCUAAUGCAUGAGUAUGCUGAUUUGUUACUUGAACGUGCCUGGUGGUUAGUGAAUGAUAGUUUUCGAACUGAUGUUUGCUUACAUUAUCCUCCAUAUAUAAUUGCAUUAGGUUGUCUUCACUUAGCUGUUUUAAUCGUUUCAAACAAUCCUGAUUUAUUGACUGGUGGUGGUGGUUCAUCAUCAGGACUGAUGAAUUCCAGUCUAUCCGGAUCAUCUAACAAAUAUGGUUAUUUUACACAUCAUUCUCAGCCAAGUGUUAAUCCCCUUUUAGUCGCUGAUCACUGGUUUAGCGAAUUGAAUGUAGAUAUGGAAAAAGUCCUUGAAAUAUCGCGUCACUUGCUCAACUUGUAUGAUCUGUGGCGUCAUUUUGAUGAAUUGGCGGAAAUGCCUAAUAUACUACUGAAAAUUCUUCCACGUCCUGUUAUUCAGCCGCCACAGAAUUCACAGAAUUACACAUCUGGGAGUACAGCUAAUGUUACUAGUAAUAGCGUUACUGCGAGUCAUUCGUCUUCAAGUAUGUCUGGUGGAACUCAACAACAACAGCAGGGUCAUACAGGUCAAAUGAUGGCAUCAUCAGGUACAGGAGGUGGUUGUGCUACAGGAAGUGGGGGCACUGCGGGUACUGUAGGUAGUAUACGUGCCAUGUCAGAUCAACAAACGCAGCAGCAACAGACAUCAAUGACGUCAUCCAAUCAACCCCGUAUGCAUCCACAAGGAGGAAUGCAACAUUUGGUUGUUCGAUAGUAAAACUGAUAAGAAUUGUGUCCUUCCUUUGAAAUGAUUUCCAUUUGUAAUAAUUUUCCCUCCUUGAGUUUGAGUUAUCAUUCGGAAGUAUAGUUUUUUCAAUGCA